AUGUCUCGUUGUCGAUUCGAGUUCUUGACAAAUUGCCUUAGAUUUGAUGACAGAGACACACGCGAAGAACGUCGAGCUACCGAUCGCUUAGCUCCGAUUCGUGAAGUGUUUGAUCAAAUUGUAAAAAAGUGUGACAAAUACUACGCACCAACUGAUUGUAGUACUAUCGACGAACGAUUAUCAGCUUUUAGAGGGCGCUGUGUCUUUAAAAUGUACGGGUAUGUAUCAAAGCCCGAUAAGUACGGGAUAAAAAUUUUGAUGAACUGCGAUUCUAAAACAGCUUACAUGUUGAAAGCCAUUGUUUACGUAGGUCAAACACCCUCCCCUCAAAAUAUGUCAGUGCCUGAGUACUACGUUAUGGAACUCUCCGAGCCAUUGUAUGGAUCCCAUCGGAACAUAACCAUGGACAACUGGUUCACCAGCAUACCAUUAGCCAAAAAUCUGAUUGGAAAGGAAUUGACCAUGGUCGGAACGACGCGAAAAAACAAAGGAGAAAUACCAGAGUCCUUUUUGGUGUUAACAAACAGAGAAAAAAAUACCGCUAUGUUUGCGUAUGAUGGACCUCUAACUCUGUUGUCCUAUUGCCCACCGAAAUCGACAAAGAAAAAAGUCAUCAUCAUGUUGUCAACUCUCCACGAUUCCCCAGAUAACAAUGAAGUUGAGCUUCCAGAAAUUAUUCAUUUUUAUAAUAAAACAAAGGGAGGUGUGGAUGUGUUCGAUGCAAUGGCUAAAAAAUACUCUGUCCAAAGAAGAACCAAACGUUGGCCAAUGUGCAUUUUCUAUGGGUUAUUGAAUGGAGUUGGUAUUAACUCUUGGGUUCUCUACAAAUGCUCAAAAGCAAAUAAUAAGCCUGACAUAAGGCUUCGUCGGAGUUUUCUAAAAGAAUUGGGAAUGAAUCUUAUGGAUGAACAUUUGAAAAUGCGCCUACAAACACCAACUUUGAAGAGGGAUAUAAAGGAGAGUAUCGCGGCGAUUCUAAAGCAACCCAUGCCUGUCGAUUCUUCUGGGUCUGAACGUCACGCACAGGGGCGUUGUGGUUUCUGUCCGAGAAACAGGGAUCGGAAGAGCAAGACCAGGUGCACCAAGUGCAAAAUUCCAAUUUGCUUGGAACACCAAGUUAAAGUAUGCCAAAAGUGCUCAAAUUGA